GGAAACUGCAUGCCGGAGAUAUCUUUGUUAUGAAAAUUGAUAUCUUCAUUUGAUCUCAUGUCAAAACCUGCGACAUUUUCAAGCUUCGAUUUUCAUCAUGUCGCCCCAAAAAGAUACAAAUGUUACUCCCGCCAGAGUGAGAUUACCCCGGGUAGCAAAAGACAAACCUAAGACAUCACCUGAACCUGUUCCAAAGACUUCGCCCCAAACAAUUAAGAAAAUUCCAGGUCGUUCAAAGAAAUCCGUUACUGAGAAGAUAUCCACUUUAGAAGCAAGUUCGGCUCGCAAAGUGAAAGGAAAACAACGAGCAGCAACUACGGGAGAGCCCUUGAGAUCUAGUCCCAAUGAUGAAAUAAUACAUCAAGAAGCAACCUACCCCAAUCCAUUCUCGACAGAAAGCUCUCGUAAGAACACCGCGGCGUUGCUUUCUCAAUGGGAUUCCACCAAGUCUCCGGCUUUUAAUUCACCAAAUUCGGGAAGUGGGUUGGUCAAUAGAACUCCAAAGUCUAAGUCGCCAAGAUCUGCGAGAUCUAAGCAUGAUAGAUCAUGCUCGAUAUUGGAUAAAGGACACAUUGCAAUUCCCUCACCAUCUUCGAAAGACAGAGGAGAGCAAACCUCUCGGCUCUUCGAUGCCAAUAAACAACAACGUUUGAAUUCCUUAGCGGAUGGAAAGUUCCCCGACCCGACUUACCCACGGGCGAGUAUUUCUGAAGGGACAGAGCCUUCUCCGGGGUUCAGUGCCGCUAUGGGGUUUAGAUACUCUCCAGGAUUUGGGGGACCGCAUGGCUUCAACACGAGUCCAAUAAACCAGUCUAUUUUUAAUCUGGCGCAGAAUAGUUCUACGAUACCAGGAACUGGGGUUCAAUUAUCCUCAGAGAGUACCAAAACAGCAGACGAAACCAAGCACAGUGCUGUUGCUGAUGCAGGCCGGAGUUUUUGUGACGAUGGAGAAAGACUUGGUAUUUUAUUAUCUAAGAACACAUCUACAGUUCCAGCUGCAGGAGUCCUGCAAUAUUCCUCAGGGUAUAACCAGCAAUAUCCUCAGGCUAUUACACAGUAUUCCGAUCCUACUUCAACAAAUUGGUCUAACAUAAUGGAUUGGAAUCAGAAUAAGUUUUCAGGGCAGUUACACGCAGCACCCCAACCAUCAGGACCGAAUGGAUCGUGGUUCGGACCUGGACACACACGAGACUUCGACCCCGAAAAACAAGGCUGGUAUGCUGAUUGGAUGGCGUCACAGCAAAACUUUCCUUCGAUACCAGGCUACCUUACAAACCCGAUGAUGAGUUACUAUCCAAUGCCAGAUUUCGAACUUGCUUCUACGAAUGUUCCGCACCAAGCAAAUUUCGGGCUAGAACAGGCUGCUCAGGAUACCACAGUGAUUGACAAUGCAGAGCCCCAGGGUAUUAGAGAAAGCAGAAUGACACGGGAGAAAACUAUGCUUGUACCAGGCGGGAAGAUAGUUAAAACAACGACAACAGUAUUCACACCCACUGACGAAGAGAAAAAGAAAAAGGGCAAGAAUGUAGAACACGAUGUAGAGGACAAAGUUGGUAUAGUCGUAGUAGACAAAGAGGGCAAUGUUGAUGUCGAGUCGGGAGAUUGGCUAGCAGGAUUCAAUAGAAUCGAAGGAUGGGAGGUCGAAGCUUUACUCGGGCAAAGUAAAAGGUGGCGAUCUUAUAAAAAUCGGAAUGGGGUUACGAAGAAAAUCAUUACGAAGAAAUCUAAUCAUAAAAAGCCCACAACCUCGAAGAAAGCUGUUGCUCCGUCACAACAGCCAAUCUCACCCAAGCUGCGACCAAAGUCCCCCCAAUUUGCGCAGUCAACAUCUCCCGAGUUUACAAACCUCGGUGACUCUAUGCCUAUCCCCAUAUCACCUACUCUAAAUUUCGUCCCCUUUGAUCUUCCGCGCCUUGCCAACACAAGGUCCACUCGAUCACGAGUCACACGUAUAUCAAAGCCUCAACCUGUCAAAAAAGCAACUGCAAAGAAAGCCACCCCAAAAGGUAAAUCCAAAACACCAACACCAACACCUAAGCCCAAAGUCGCCGCCAUCAAGGUUACCAAGCCAAUCCUAACUCCAGUUCGUAGUCUUCGUUCAACUAACCCACCUUCCAAUGUCAAAAUCACUGAGGUUAAACCUGUUGCCAAAUCCAGUUCCUCCAAAUCCAAAUCCUCAUCAGGGAAAGAGCCCCCUAAAGCUAAAGCUGCAGGCAAACAAGCCGCCGCGCAGAAAAAGAAAGUGCAGAAUGUUAAUAACCAGGGAAAAUCUCCCAAUUCUACAGGGGAUUCUACCAGCCAUGGCGUCGAUUUCAUCAACGGCUUUACGCGCAACACUUCAGAGCUACAGAAAGAAGUCCAACGUGAUCAAGCUCUUGCCAGUAAAGCAGCUGAAAACCUGGAACGAUUUCGUGGAAGAGGCGCUGAGCAAGCUUCCAAGCAUUUUGAGAAGCUCAUAGAAAAUGUUGAGAAAGGGCGCAAGGAAUUGGAAAGGCGUAAUAAGCAGGCUAAUUCAUGAAGGAGCCAUGUAGGGAUAUGGAACAUGAGAGAUUAUACAGAUAGCCACGUGAAACAAAAAUCUUUGGCCGUUAGCUAAUAAACAUGAUA